AUGAGCUUGGACCCUUUGUUGCCCGUCGCCCCGGCGCGGGCGAAGGCGCUGCUCCUGCCUCUCGGCAAGAUCAAGGCAGAGCGCUUCGCGUCCUUUGUCGAGAGGCUGCGCGCCGAGCAUGUCGUCCACCUUCGCGACAUCAGCGCCGAUGGGCGUCCCAAUCGGAACAUGUUCUCGCCGCUGGCGUUCCCCGAUGGCGCCAUACUAUACGACCUCAUAACGCACCAGCCGCCCCCGUCGCACCUCGCCCUCGCGCCCUUCGACCUGUACCGCGAACCCCUCGCCGUCAUAGCCGUUGCCGACGGCGCAGAGAUGAAGGAUGCCACCUUUUGCAAGCGACUUUCCACAGGCGGCGCCGCGGCCGCCACCGUGGUCGAGAGGAAUGUACGGACCUUGCACCAGGAACUCGAGGACCUGCGUGACAUUUACCCCAAGGCAUUUGUGCACCAAGUCAUCAUCUUCGACUACGCCGCGCCGACUGGAACCAAGAUCCCAAUACCCGAGGGGCUCGUGGCGGUGCCACCGCUAGAGGAUUGCAAGCGAACGACAAUGAAGACCGUAAUGUGUGACAUCUCGUCGCUGCUACUGGCAGAGAUGACGACGCUGGCAAAGUCCUUUGAGGCCAUGACCUCCAUCGAGUCCCCGCGGCAUUAUUCAGUGGCGCGGCAUAUGAACGGUAUCACGGAAGGAGGUCUCAACGGAGCGAGCAGACGGAAUUCUCAGUUUCCGAUUCCUCAGCACCUCUCGCGCUCCAACUCGGCAACGGGCGUCGACAAGAGCCACGCGCGAAUGUCGAUGCCUCCGAUGGCCACUCGACCAGGCGCAGGCUCCAGCAGCUCGACCCCCGCACGCCCGUCGACGCCGGUAAGGGGUGGGCUGGCCAGCAUCCCUAUGAGUCCUGACGACGGUCACAGUGCUCCUGGUAGUGGUCCGUCGAGCCCGGAGCAAAAGAUGACGAGGUCUGACAGUGAGAGGUCACGCGACGUCAGCCGUGAUCGCGUCUCUGUGCAGGGGUUCGGUCCCGGCGGCGCAAAUGACCGCUGGCGGCAAAAGGGCAAGGGGCGAACGUCGGUGGUCAUAGGGUCCAUGUACCUCCAGGCCGGCCGAUGGAGCGACUCGCUGAGAGAGCUCUCCGAGGGUGCGGUAGCGGCGCGGUCUCUCAACGACCACAUCUGGCAUGGCAAGGCAUUAGAGUUGAUUCUCAUGAAUCUCUUCCUCCUUGGCUGGUCCAACCUGGAGUUCCAGAUACCAACGGUUUGCUAUCCGCUGCAAGAGAGACCAAACAGCAGUUCAUCGGCACUCAGGUCGGACGCGGAUGCCGGGGAUUCGACUCUUCCGAAGCAUUUGCGGAACCUUCAGACACUCCUUCCAGAGUUACUGGAGCGAAUCGUCGGGCUCUACUCGAGGAUAUCCAGCGAGAGCUUACCGCCGCUGCCCCUAUCCGAGACGACCGUUCGUUUCGCCAAGAUUCUCUCCGCCGUUCAUCUUUGUGGAGGCAAGCUUAACCAGCAAGCGCUCGACAUCAUUGUCCGCGGGAAGCUACCCGAAAAGGGCCUUACCACGUCACCUCGUCUAACGAUCCUGCCGACGAGACAGCAAAUUGUCAACUUGCUGUUCAAGGCUUUCCCAUCGACCAACACGGAACUUCUUACGACAGCUGACCGCGUGUCUAUUCUGAGCGGCAUUGCAUCGGUCCUAGGUCCGUUGGGAUUCUCAAGAAAGAAGGCCAUGGUGAUUCGAGAGCUGGUAUCGGUCCUCAUUGGCGGUCUCGUCGAGGCGCGCACACGUGGUGCGGCGGAGGCAGGCGUUCAUCCCGCUGCCGGGCUCGUGUCGCUCGCCCCAGGGCGGGAUCGAAACUCAGCCGCCGUCGCGCUUGACCUCGGUGAGGGCGACAUUGAACAGGGGCUCGAAGCAUUUUUGGAUCUGCUAUGCAGGUCGUACGGCAUAGUCGGAUUUGAUUCACUUGCCAACAAUGCGACUCAGGCGUCUAGCAAGCCCGACGAGUCCGACGAUGCUGUCGUUGCUAGGAUCCUGGACCAAUCGUCGACAAGAUUCUUCGGGUUCAGCAGCAUCAAACUUAACAUCCUACGGGCGUGCAUCAACUUUGCCGAGGCACUGCCCGACUUCAAUGGCGUGCUCAAAUUCUCCAGCGAUCUGAUGCGCACGGCUGGAUCUGGCGUGGCACCUGGUCCUCGGCGCGAGGAUGCCACGGCCCUUAUCCACAGGGAUGAACAAAUCCGUCUCGUGACUAAUAUAUCACGGACCGCAGCCCUUGUACAGAGAAUUGGCAUGGGCCACCUGACUGCCGAGUACUGGGACGAAUUUCUUAUUCGGAGCAUUGUUCUCGAGUCUCUACCGAAUACACGGACGCCCAUACCACAUGCCCGCAGCGUUCUUCCCGGUGCGACAGCUAGCCGGGCUUCCCAAGAUGUGAACCCGUUCAUAUACAACCCGUUCUUGAAGGAGCCAGACGAGGUUGCGGCGCAGAACCUUGUGGCAGGCGAGCUAGCAAGCUUCCGGGUGACGCUGCAAAACACAUACGACAUCGAGGUCGACAUAGAGAGCAUCCGCCUAUGCACUGACGGCGUUGAAUUCGAACCCCUCUCUGAAAGCGUGGUUCUAGGACCGUACAGGACACAACUUCUCAGGCUUAAAGGGCGACCCAAGGCAGCUGGCUCCAUCACUGUCACCGGUGCCAUUGUCAAGAUCCGUGGUUGCCGGGAAAGGCGCUUUCCCAUUUUCACGAAGCCUUGGAAUCCUUCACGGCCGGAGAAAAUCAAGGUGAAGGGGCUAGCCGCCCUAGGAAAUCCUGAUAGUCUGAUCAAGCCCGCCGAGGGGACUCUGGAACCCCGACAUGUGAGCCUCAAUGUCAUACAAGAACAGCCCCUGUUGGUAGUGAAGUCGACGACGCUUCCUCAAUCCUCUGUUAUGAUCCUGGAAGGGGAGAGGCAGGUGUUUUCUAUCACCUUGCAAAACACGUCUUUGACGCCUGUCGACUUUAUGCUGUUCUCCUUUAAGGACUCGACACAGGCGCCUUUGCAGGAAGCACUUAACAAACGGGACGCUACGCCCGCGGAGCUAUACGAGUACGAGCUAAUCUUAAUGAAGAGGCAAGCUCUCCGACUUCCCAGGAGUGACCAGGCCCGCAAUAUCGCGCCAGGAGGGGAAGCAUCGUUUGACUUUGAGAUACUCGGCAAGCCUGGCCUUACACAAGCCACCAUCCAGGUCGACUACACGUAUCUCGGCGUCCCGAAAGACGAAGUUACGGAGCAGUUCUAUACGAGGCAGGUGUCGGUGGACCUCACAGUCACAGUCAAUGCCAGCGUGGAGUUGACGAGAGUAGAUGCAAUGCCGUUGUUUGGCCACAUUCCGGACUCGUUCUGGGAGAGGAUGGGUGGCAAGGCGCCCAAGGACGCCGAGGACUACUGCUUGCUGUCUCUAGAUCUACGCAAUGCGUGGCCUAGCCACAUGGCUGUCCAUCUCGAGGGCGAAGAGGGCAUGGCAGUCGACGAGAGCAUCCUCCCGGGCAAGACGAGCCGCGUGGUGAUGCCGGUCAAGCGCAUCUACGUGGAGGACCCGCACGAGGCCAUCCCCAGUCUGAACCCCUCGCGCACAAGACAAUUCGUCGUCAGCACGAGCAAGAUCUCACCGGACAUGGAGCGCGCAAACCGGGAGGCGUUCUGGUACCGGGAGAAGAUCCUCGACGUGCUCCGAGCUACGUGGCGCACGACGUCCGUACCGAAACGCAGCGGCGCAGUCGAGCUUCGCAGCAUUCGUCUCACGUCCCGCAUGAUCGAGGCCGUCAAGGUCGACGAAGUGGGCAUCGACAUCUCAGUGAACGACGCCAACGCAGAGGAAAGCAGCACCAGCACCAGCACCAGCAGUCUGGCCAACCUCGCGCACGUAGACGAGUUCAUGCAGGUCAAGGUGCACGUCACAAACCGGACCGCCAAGCCAAUCUACCCGCUCGUCAGGCUCAUGCCCGCGCUCUGCCACCGGCCCGUCAACGUCGCGCUCGACCACACCCGCAAGUUCGCCUGGAACGGCACGCUCCAGCAGCAGCUCCCCCUGCUUCAGGGCAACUCGAGCGCCGACUUUGCCAUCGGCGUGACGCCCCUCUGCAGGGGCGAGUUCGAGCUGGCCGCCUCGGUGGAGGAGAUGCGCGUGUGGGAGGACGGCGGCACGGGCGGGGGACGGCCCCGGUCGGAUACUCAGAGGAUGAUGGACGCGGCGCUGGGCGGCAAGCAGCGCCGGAUGUGGCACUCGCGAAGACCGUGCGUGCUCGCGGUGCGGGACAGGGAAGAGUGA